AUGUGUCAGAAUCUUCGUUCCACCAUGCCCAAAGCAUUCCUGCUGCUGUGCAUUGCCCUGGUGCUAUUUGGGCUUGUGCAUGGAGCCACGUUGAGAAAUGAAGAGAAAUGGAAGUCACUCAACAACCCCAGAAACCGAGAUCUGUUUUUCAGAACCCUUCAGGCAUAUUUUAAGGGAAGAGGUCUUGAUCUCGGGAGGUUUCCAAACACUUUCUUCAUGAAUGAGAAUCCUAGACCUCUCUCUUUCCAAUCAGAACUUCUUGCUUCUGCAUUUGCAGAUUAUGAAGAGCAGAAAAACUCCUUUCCUAAUUACCUCAAAGGCUGA